GUGGGGCAAAUGAAAGGGGGGAGCCAAGGGGCUGGUAUGUGUAAGCAAGGCAAGGAGGCAAGCGAGGGGGGGCGCUUGGAGGGGGGGGGUGGGGGGGGGGGGGGGGGGGGGGGGGGGGGGGGGGGGCGUUAAGUGAAUAAAAAGAUUACAUUUGAAAUGUGAUAAUAAUACAAAUGAUUUUUCUUUUUGUUUCUUUUUUCUCUUAUGAUUAAAUAGAAAAGGUAAAAAGUAUGUUGAAACAAAUUUUAUGUCAAACAUUUUCUAAUCAAUGUCAAUUAAGUUCUCUUCAACUCGAUAUAGCAAAAUUAUCUUAUGAAAUUCAUCAAGGUUUAAAUUCACUUUCUUAUGUUUCAACAAACAAAAUUUCUAAUGAUUUUCAAUCUUAUUGUAUAACUUUACGUUGUUUGUAUAUCCAUCUUAACCACAUAUGUUUUCUUGAACAUCUCAUUGAAUAUGUACCCAAUCUUGAACAAUUAUCGGUUCAUUUUCGCAAUUCAUUAAUCGAUAAGUAUUAUCUUGAUUCCAACAUUAAUAUACCGAAACUAUCAAAUGAAAAUUGGUUUAAUAAAGUAAGAUGA